AUGUCUACAGAACAAACUUUCAUUGCUGUCAAGCCAGAUGGCGUCCAGCGAGGACUUAUUGGAGAUAUCAUCUCACGAUUCGAGAAGCGAGGCUACAAGAUGGUUGCUGCCAAGAUGGUCAGCCCAAGCAAGGAGCAUCUCGAGACGCACUACGAAGACUUGAAGGAGAAACCAUUCUUCACAGGUCUUGUAUCCUACAUGCUUUCCGGCCCAAUCUUCGCCAUGGUCUGGGAAGGUCGAGAUGCCUGCAAGACUGGCCGAGCUAUCCUUGGUGCCACCAACCCUCUGGCCUCGGCUCCGGGUACCAUCCGAGGUGACUAUGCUAUCGAUGUCGGCCGAAAUGUCUGCCACGGUUCGGAUGGUGUUGAGUCUGCCAAGAAGGAGAUCGCUCUGUGGUUCAAGGAGGACGAGAUUGCGAAAUACAAGAGUGCCCAGUUCGACUGGAUCUACGAGAAGGCGUAG